AUGGCUGACAGGUCACUCAAUGAUCGUCAAGAUGUCCCCAUUUGGAAUGCUAUUGAGGCUGGCAAUUUUAAGCAAGCUCUGAAAUUAGUUGACAAGAGGCUGGCCAAAAAAAGGACAUCUCAUUUAGAGGCAUUCAAGAUUUAUAUCAGGUCGCGGUCGUCUGUUCAAUCGGAGAGAGACGUUGUACUCCCUCAUCUCGAAGAUUUAGUCACUAGGAAAGUUUUUAUUACGGAUCAGGAAGACAUUGAUCUGUAUGACGAUGCUUUGGUUAAUGCCAUUCCAGAGGCUGGAUCAAUUUGGGCAAGGACUAUUGGAGAGUUGCGAUGGCAGUGUGUCAAAGCAUACCCCAAACAGGAAGAUUCCGCACUGAAGUCGUUCAAGGCCUGUUUGUCGGAACGCGAUUGGGAACACGCUCAACAGAUUGCGAGUAGUCUUGAGAAAACAUUUCCUAGUAAACAUCAAUAUGUUUUCUGGAAUAUCUCAUCCUUGUUCUUAAGAUCUAUGUCGACCGAUCUGCCUAUUGAAAAAAGAACUCUAUGGGGCCGUUUGGCCUUUGGACAGAUUAGUAAACUUGCCACCGCUACAAUACAAGCAGAUAAGUCAAAGUCUCUUCCGACUCGCGCAAUACAUACACCACAGGAGUUAUUACUUCUACAGCGAAUCACUGCUGUACAUGGUCAAUUAGAAGAUCAGUUAAAUUAUCUGAAUGAGCCUUCUCUCGGACCCGAGUCAAUAGUCGCUAAAGGGGAUUGGGAGUUAUGGAGAAAUAAAUUACAGCUCAUGGAAGCAUCUGGGCACUGGGAACAACUUUUUGAAACAACUGGUAGUCUUCUCAAACGAGCACGCACGAAGGAUGAACGCGGACAAAUCAUCGAGGCUAGAAUGGCUGAUUGGGCCGUAUGGCAAGCGUAUCUACGCUCCGCCCUUGCUUUGCAGAACCCCUCUGUUUCAAACGAGAUUGCAGCUCAUCUGGAUCCCACAUCUGGAAUUGACAAGACUUGGAGACGAAAUGCAUCUUUAGCCUGGCUUGACUUUACCUUUAAGAGUUCUUCUACCCCAUUUGCUAGUGAUGAUUCGGGACAAGACCUGGAAAAGUACCCUAGAGUGACUGCAAUCGUCAAGUAUUUGCAGGACUUUGGUGAUGCUACCACAGCCUACAGCGAUCUCAGACCUUACUUGGAGCUGUCGCAAACCGAAGAAAGGAUUAAACUGCUCGAGAUUUUCGGAAAUGGACUUCAGUUCGGCAAGAAAACGAAGAAAAAUGAUGUGGAGCCUGAGUUCAAAGCUCUGUCAAUUUCUAAAAACGAAUUCGACAAUGCAAACGAUAUGACAAGAUGUGUUAACCUUCACAAAUUGAAUUACCUUAUAAUGAGUAGUAUCCCCGAACACGAACGUCGGUCAAACCCACUCCACAAAGUUGGUCAACAGUCAUUUAUUUGCACGUACUGCUCCAGUCCUUGCGAAGUAUACUGUGAUGUGUGUCUCCAACAACUCUCCAAAAACUCCAUUGCGGUUUACGCUUCUGCAAUGAGCGAUGACCGAGUCUCUAAAUCCCUUCUCCCUACAGAUCGGCACCCUGCCGAUGAUUUCUGCACAUUAGCGGCAAUGUGCCUGGUGAAACUCUCUCUCUCUGGCUCUAGCGAUGUCGAAGGACCUCUCAAUAGCAAGAAAAUUGCGUAUGCUCUCCAAGCAGCAGUAUUCCUUGAAUAUGGCUGGUCAAAGUCUAAAUCGAACUCUGACUUCGCACUGAUUUUGGUCAGAAUUUACUCUUCUCUUGGCUGCGGUCAACAGGCUAUGAAAGCAUAUCUGCACCUGAGCUUGAAGCAGAUACAGCUCGAUACUCUAGGUUACAUUAUACUUGAUAGGAUAUCUUCCCUGCAUCCACAUCCAUUCCCCACUGCUCCGGAUGGUUCAUCUGAGAAUCUGAAGCCCGUGGACCAUCUCAGGAAUCAAAGAAAGAUGUACACGAAUUGCCGCCACCAAGUUUCUAAUAAUACCUGGAAAGCGUUUGAGCAUGGAAGUUUCAACACAAUAUUCCAGUUCCAAGAGUUUUCUAGCAUUAUUACCAACACAUUAUCGGCAGUAUCUUCUGCUGUAGAAACCACAAAGAUAUCGCGACUCUUAAAGCAGGACGCGCCUUCUGACGUUUUUGACAUUCUUCCGAAAAAUCCGGAGAUGCUGGAUAAAUUCUCGGAUUCCAAUGACUAUACUUCAUUUCCGGACUACGAAUCUACCUUAGGCACGGGGCUUGAGAAGUUGACCCGGUUUGCACCAAGUCCAUCUAGCAACCGAAGCCGUGUAGACCUGCUUGUUGAGAAGUUGAUCUCCAUAAUAAGUCCUGAAUCCACAUCUACUCCAAUUGACCUCUCAUCUUUUAGAGAGAUCCUUUCUCAAGUAUCAACAGAGUUGCACAAACAAGCAGGAUUGAUCAAAGCCAGCCCAGAUGGAUCCUUCUUGACACGCUCUGAAACCUCAGCACUCGAGGCAUACACCCAUCUCGCUUCCAUCAUAACCAAAGCUUGCGACCCCGCCGCAUCAUCCGCUGCAGAUUUCCAAACCUCACUCGAAACCUCCAAUAAAUCCCUUUGCGCAAAAAUAAAACAACAUCUCUCCUUCAUCGAAGAAGCUCAAAACGCAAUUCCAGCUUUGUGGGACACUCUCCAUACACUCUACACAGCCUAUGAUCUCGCGUCCACCAUCAUCAAUGCCACGAAAUUCCUUGCGCAGAAAGAUCCCAAAGCUCACAAAUAUCAGAUGGAGCAGAAUAAAGCUUUAGUUGAAAGCGCAAAAUUAGUCAUGGAAGCAGUAGCUGAGAAGACGAAGGGUAUUAAAAAUGGAUUGGAUGAAAGUGGGUGGAUUGAUAGGGCGUUGGAAACUAUGGAGGUGGGAGAUUCGGGGGAGCAGUUGAGAAGUUUGGUAGGAGAGAAUUUCAUAGAAGAAUGGGCUGGGUUUGUGGUAGAGGGCUGGAGAGAGUCGGUGACUGGACUGGGGAUGUUGAAGGUUUAG